AUGAUUUAUGUUACACCCCACAUCCAGAACUCCCCUCCUACACUACAACCCUACGCUCAGGCAACAAUACACUUGGCGCUCUUCAAGUCAUUUACCAGCUUCGCCAACCUGCAAGGCGAUCCAUUCGCCAUGGGCGACACAACGGAGAUGGACGUCUCAUCGCUGUUGGCACAGAUUGAGACUCUCGGCAAGAGCCUAUCCCCAGGCAUCAAGCAAGAUGCAGCACCACGCAAGAAGUUGCGCCUUGCCGCGCGUCAUUUGGGACGAAGCAAUGGAAGAGCCCGGAAGCCCUUGCGACCGAUACCUUUUCAUCUCACCUUGGCCACAAUCAUCGCUGAUAUUGAUGACUCAACCCACCAGUUCAUGGAAGAAGUGUCCAUUCGUAUUGCCAUCGAUCUGGAUUUGUUCAACAUCUUGGUGAAGAGUGGGAAGCCAGAGACGCUCGAGGACUUGGCCAAAGCAACGGAAGCCGAUGGGUACUACUUGCUCGCCUACUUCGCUCGCUCGGCGCAGUUGACGCAGCAGGAGAGGUUGGGAAGAAGUCUAUACUCAGCUUACUUCUGGGAGGGUCUGCCGUUCAGGAAUGCUGACAACGUAAUCUCGACCGCUAGUUUCGAUGUCCUCAGCCCCAACUGGAACAACCUCCCCGCGUACCUCAAAGAAAUGGACUAUCGGAAUCCGACGGAUUUCACGAAUGCGACUUUCCACAAAGCACACAACACGACCGACCAUUUCAUACCCUUCCUAGCCACCAAGCCAGACUUCCAGAGGUCUUUCCAAACCUACAUGAGCGGGUUCGACAAAGGCAGAAUUUUUUGGACAAACUUCUUCCCGGUGGAGAGACAAGAUCGGUAA